AUGAGUUCUGUUUGCAUAUCAAACUGUGUCAACGACGCACGUGACCCACGCGUGCCGGUUCGAGCCAACUACGUCAACCUCUACAAAUGGCCGGAAUCGGAUGCAGAGUUUGUCAAAUCGGUGAGCUUAAACGGCGCUCAUGGUCAUCCGAGGGUGGUGGAUAGUAUCUCAUGCAGACAGAUGUAUCUAAAGAGCUAUACGUUUUCGAGAAAAGAAACUGUGCCGGAGAAAACCCAGAAAUGUUUUGGAAGGGUGAAAGAGAAAGUGGCUCACGGCGGUGGUAGUGGUGGAAGGAAGAAACGAAAUCAAGGUAGGAGAAGGAAGUGUUUGGUUUUGAGGAAAAUGAGGGAAAUUUCUUGUAAUACGCUGUUUCGGAUUUUUCAUAAAUUCUUGUCUUGCGGCGCUAGUGUUGAUGUUGUUAAUGAAAAACAACCAUAUUGA